ACACACACACAGAGAGAGAGAGAGAGAGAGAGAGACGAUAAAUGAAAGUGAGCAAGUGGGGGCAAAUGAGAAUCCCCUCGCACUCGGUUUUCAUCCUCGUUUAAGGAUCUGGCAGCAGCGAAAGAGAGGAGAGGAGAAGACGAGGAAUCAAAGACACGUUUAUUCACUCAUCCUCUGUUCGCCAACGCUUCCCUCCAUCAUCACAGCGCCCGCUCAACACAGAGGUGAUGGCUGAGGCGGAUCUCCUCUCCACACCCCAUAAUAUUGAGAUCACCGAGGUGAGCUGUGACUCGUUCCGGAUCACCUGGGAAACGGCCGCCGAGGACACGUCACGACUGACGCAUUACUUCAUCGACCUGAGCCGUAAGGAAGGCAGCGAGCCCAACCGCUUCAAGCACAGAGAUGUUCCCACCAAGCUAGUGGCUAAAGCAGGACCUUUGCCGAUGUCUGUGAGAGGCCACUGGUUCCUGAGCCCUCGGACGGAGUAUUGUGUGGCAGUGCAGACCGCCAUCAGACAGCCUGACGGAGACUAUCAAGUGUCUGAGUGGAGCCAAGUGGUGGAGUUCUGCACCGGGGAUUAUGCCAUGGAUCAUCUCCAGCAGCUGUUAGAUAAAGCUCAGGCCGCUGCCGGGCGGCCACUCAGGUUCUCCGUGUUUUACCGCAAUCAGAGUCCUGAAUACUUCCAGUACGUGAGAUCAGAGUGUGGAGGAGCAAUGCUCCCAUCUUUCAAAGACAACAGUGGAAGUCACGGCUCGCCGAUCAACGGAAAGCUACGCGGCGUCUUCCUCAGCUGCAACACCGAGUUCGACACCGGCCUCCCUCCGAAAGACUCCCCGUACGGGCCUCUGCGCUUCCAGAUCUCUGCCGAACGCCUCCUCAACCCGAGCACAAACCUCUACUUCGCGGACUUCUACUGCAUGUACACAGCGUAUCACUAUGUGGUGCUGGUGCUGGCCCCUGCUGGAUCGGAGGGGGACGACUUCUGCAAGACCCGGCUUCCACGACUGGACCUGACAGCCAAUCCCUUCCUGACGUACGCGGCCGGAGACGUUCCCGCGUUCAGUCACGCCAGCGAUGUGAUUCUGGAGGUGCUGUUCACAGAGCCUUUGCUUCUGGAGAACGGGAUCCUGGCUCAGAUCAGUGGCCGUCCGCAACUCAUGAGCCUCUCCACCGCCAACGCCAAAAAAGACCCGAGCUGUAAGGUGUGCAACAUCAGCGUGGGACGCUGAUGUUGCAAAUAUUGAUGGUUUAACUUAAAAAAGUAAGUUACCUGGUUGCCUUCAAAUGUUGAGUUCAUUGAGUUCAUUGAAAUUAAAAAUUUUAGUUCAUGCAGAUCAAUAGAAACUCAAAAUAAUCUGAACCACAUUCAUUAUCUAAAUGGAUUUGACAAAAGAUAACACUUUUUUUUUACAGUGUGUGAAUGCAUGCUGUCAUUUAAAGUGCAACCAGGAAAAAUGGACCAUCACUUGCUGUGAUUUGGAAAUGGAUCUUAUCACCAGAAGCCGAACAAACAUUCACACCGAGGGAUUUGUUUUCAGGACAUGCCAAGGGUUUUCACAAAAAGAGUAAAGAAUAAAUAAUGAGAACUGAAUGACUCGCCACUUAUGAAACAAACCCUUGUGGCCUGUGAGUCAACGAUUCAGAGCUUAAAGGGACAGUUCACCUAAAAAUGUUUCAUCUUUUACUCAUCAUCAUGUCUUUUAUUGAAAGUCAGCGGAAGCCAUAUGAUAACUUGUAUGAGUCAGUCUCAGCUAUAAAUCCACUUCUUUAAAGGGAUAGUUCACCCGAAAAAUGAAAAUUAUCCCAUGAUUAGGUGUAUAUGACUUUCCUCUUUCAGACAAACACAAUAAGAGUUAUAUUAAUACCCUGGCUCUUCCCAGCUUUAUUAUAGUUGUGAAUAAUGUGUGACAGACAUUAGCAGAUUUAUAAUGGCAGUGAAUGGUACAUCCAAGUGAAAAGUGCAUCCAUCCAUCAUAAAAGUAAUCCUUACGACUCAAGGGGGUUAAUAAAGGCCAAGCGUCAGGUGAGAGGUCACUCUCUGGCCAGAUCUACGUACUGCCUGUUACCUGAAGCCAGUGAUUAUAGUUUAUAAAGUUACAAAUAUGGAUAUUUUUCUUACAAAAACGCAUGGCUUCGCUUCAGAAAGCCUUUAUUAAACCCGUGGAGCCGUAUGGAUUAUUGUUAUGAUGGAUGGAUGUGCUUUUUUUGGGCUUCAAAAUCUGUGGGCACCAUACAGUCCCAUUAUAAAGCUGGGAAGAGCCAGGAUAGUAAUAUGACUCUGAUGGUGUUUGGCUGAAAGAAGAAAGUCAUAUACGGCUAGGAUGGCCUGAGGGAGAGUCAAUUCUUGGGUGAAAUAACCCUUUAAUAGCCUACUAAUCAUGAUGUGUAAAUAAUAUUUAAUGAAUUAUGUAAGAUGUGUGAUUUUCUUUAUUUUUAUAUUAAGUUAUUUGAGGUUUCGGAGUCUAAUCCUGUAAUCAAUUUGAAUCUCAUGAGUCUUUGUGUAUGUUUAAAUAUAUAUAAAUGUUGAAUUAAUUGUACAGAAUGCUUUAACAAAAGAAAUAAAACACUUGAGACUUUCUGCA